UGGAAAAUGAGUCCAGUGCGUAAACUGCACUCAACACAAUCUUAAAACUGAGGAACUUUUUUCUUGCAUCUCUUGGGAUUUGUUCUUAUACUGAAAACAGUGGAAACAGAACACAGAAACACAAAAUGAGUAACAUCUACGAAUCUGCUGCCACCACACUGGGCAUCUUCAACAGCCCAUGCCUGACAAAAGUGGAGCUCCGUGUGGCCUGUAAAGGAAUAUCUGACCGAGAUGCUCUAUCUAAACCUGACCCCUGUGUCGUCCUCAAGAUGCAGUCCCAUGGACAGUGGUUUGAGGUGGAUCGGACAGAAGUGAUUCGCAGCAGCAUCAGUCCAGUUUUCUCCAAAGUCUUCACAGUGGACUACUAUUUUGAGGAAGUGCAGCGCCUUCGUUUUGAGCUUCAUGACAUCAGCAGCAACCAUAAUGGACUUAAAGAGGCUGACUUCCUGGGCGCCAUGGAGUGCACACUCGGACAGAUUGUAUCUCAAAGAAAACUGUCUAAAGCUUUAUUGAAGCAAGGAAACACAGCUGGCAAAUCAUCUAUCACAGUCACAGCUGAGGAGCUGUCUGGGAAUGAUGACUAUGUGGAGCUCGCCUUCAGUGCCAAGAAACUGGAUGACAAGGACUUUUUUAGCAAAUCAGAUCCAUUUCUGGAAAUCUUCAGAGUGAAUGAUGAUGGCACAGCAUCACUGGUUCAUAGAACAGAGACCAUUAUGAACAAUCUCAGCCCUGUCUGGAAGUCAUUCAAAGUUUCAUUAAACACACUCUGCAGUGGAGAUCAUGAUCGGGAGUUAAAGUGUAUAGUAUGGGACUGGGAUUCUAAUGGCAAACAUGACUUCAUAGGAGAAUUUCAAACCACUUUUAAGGAGAUGAAGUCAGCCAUGGAUGGGAAACAGAUCCAGUGGGAGUGUAUUAAUCCUAAGUACCAAGUGAAAAAGAAGAACUACAGAAAUUCUGGAAUGGUCAUUCUUACCCUGUGCAAGAUCAUUAAGAUGCAUUCUUUCCUGGAUUACAUAAUGGGAGGUUGUCAGAUUCAGUUCACAGUGGCCAUUGAUUUCACUGCCUCAAAUGGAGACCCUCGAAACAGCUGCUCCCUCCACUACAUCCACCCUUACCAGCCCAAUGAGUACCUAAAAGCACUCAUUGCUGUUGGGGAGAUCUGCCAGGACUAUGAUAGUGACAAAAUGUUUCCUGCUUUUGGUUUUGGUGCCCAAAUUCCGCCAGACUUCAAAGUUUCUCAUGAUUUUGCUGUGAAUUUUGACGAAGACAAUCCAGAAUGUGCUGGUGUUCAAGGUGUCAUUGAGGCUUAUCAGAAUUGCCUCCCGAAAAUCCAGUUAUAUGGCCCCACUAAUAUUGCUCCAAUCAUCCAGAAAGUUGCUAACUCUGCUUCCGAGGAGAUGCACACCAAAGAAGCCAUGGAAUACUUCAUACUGCUGAUCCUGACGGAUGGAGUGAUCACAGAUAUGGCAGACACACGAGAAGCGAUUGUUCACGCAUCACACCUGCCCAUGUCCGUCAUCAUCGUUGGCAUAGGAAGUGCAGACUUCAGUGACAUGCAGAUGUUGGAUGGUGAUGAUGGAAUCCUCCGCUCUCCGAAAGGAGAACCUGUCCUGAGGGACAUUGUGCAGUUUGUGCCCUUCCGCAACUUCAAACAUGCAUCUCCUGCAGCGCUGGCUAAAAGUGUGCUGGCUGAGGUUCCCAAUCAAGUGGUGGAUUACUACAAUGGAAAAGGCAUCAAGCCCAAAGGCCUGUCAGACUAUGAGUCUUCCAGGGCAUUUAGUCCCUGAGCUACGCAAAGCCAUAAAGUCAUAUAGCAACCUCCGUGUCUCAGCUUCAAGAUAUCUUCUUUGAUUAUUUCAGAGCUUGCUGCAUCAGUAUAGGUAUUGACAAGCAGGUCCAUCCAGCAGGUCCAUUAGUGUUUGGUUUUUCAGUAGCAUUGGCAUGUUUCUUCUUACACAGCUGUUAAACUGGGGUCACACUAGACUUUUCAUCCCACUGACUUGACAUUCAUAUGCGAGAAAGACGCAAACCCAUUUAAAUACAUUACACAUUUUGCUUAGUAGCAAAGCUUGUUUGGUAAACUUUGACCUGUGACUUCCCAUCAAGUGAAUGUAAAUUUAUGAUUCAAAUUAUGACCUUUCGGUCAAAAAUUGAAAACAUGGAGGAAUCGCUUGUUUUUUUGCAGUGUCACACUGUAUCAUUGUUUUAUCCCACCCCUUUUCACCACACUGUUCGAAUUCACCAUUCGCAUGCUCAAACUAGUGCAAGAGUAAACUUUUCUAACAGAAUAAAGAAAGGCAAAUGAACAAAAGCAGGGCAGAAAUGAGACAUGCACUGAUAGCCUUGCCAUAAAAACAUUGCAUGUGACCAGAAGUGAAGAAAGGGCAUUUCGAGGAUGAAGGAAAGGUCAUGAUCAGUGUUGGGGAAAGUUUCUUUUGAAAGUAGUGCAUUCUCUGCUAGCAGAAUUUAUGUGGCUCAAAUCCGGCCCACACCAGAUACUUACAUCCAGCCCACAUACUGCAUGGAAUAAUGGCACUUGGGCGGUCCGCUUCUGUUUGCCAGAUCUGGGCCCCAAUUAAGAAAUAGCAAUACCACAUAUCAGCCAGAAUUCAACCAAAUAAACCAGAACUGACCCUAUUCUGGGCCACAGUUUGCUUUUAUUCUGGCCCAGAUCCGGCCCACACCAGACACUUACACCCGGACCACAUACUGAAUGGAAUAAUGGCUCUAGGGUGGUCCGCUCCUGUUUGCCAGAUCUUGGCCACAAAUGAGCUAUUAUACCCCUAUCUCCCAUGUCAAAGAACCAUGGUUUGACCGCUAAAAUUAUCAAAUGAUCACUGUAUCACUAUUAUAUGUUUUAGGAUAACAGUAUCAUACUUGCCACAUCUUACCUCAGCUGCUUUGAGCUCACACCAUCUUUAGCCAGAGAUACACACCCAUAUUUGCCAUAUCUUAUUUGGGUUACUAUAGGCUCACAGCCACAUUAGCCAGAGCUUACUGUGCCGUAUAUUUUCCCAAAAUGGUACACAUUUGUUUUAGGAUAACUGGGCCACAUUUGCCAUGUCUUCUCUAGGCCACUUUAUGCUAACAACCACAUUAGCCAGAGCUUACUGUGCUGUACUGUAUAUUUGCCAAAAGUGGUACACAUUUGUUUUAAAGAUAACUGGCCCACAUUUUCCAUAUCUUUUCUAGGCCACUUUGAGCUCACAGCCACAUUAGCCAAAGCUUACUGUGCCGAAUAUUUGCCAAAAGUGGCCCACAUAUGUCCUAAGAUAACUGGGCCACAUUUGCACCUAAACAUGUGAGACAAUUUGGGUUUAGACCAAGAUAACUCUUAAAUGACUACACCACAUUUUUGCCAGCUGUGGCCCACAUUUGUCCUCCGUCGUUUGGGCCAAAUUUAUCAUUUUCCACAUGGGCCACAUUAGGCUCACAUUCAGAUUACAUUGUGCCAUAAGUGCCAAAUCUUUGCCUUAAAUGGCCCAUAUAUGAAUUGGAAUCUUUGGCCCCCUUUUGCUAUUGUACAGGUGCUGUAUAUACAGAUUAAUGACAGCAAAUAAAGUAAUGUAGUUGCUACUUUGACAUUUUGUGUUAUUAAUUAAAUUUUAUUUGAUAAAAAGUUAAUUUCCUGUCCCUUGAGAAAAAGAUUGCAAUAAAUCCUUACAAUCCUAACAUGAAAUAAUUUAUAUUAGGGCAAAACUA